ACUACGAACGGUAAACUAACUUCAGCUGCGUGUGGCUGCAGCAGCUCCACGGCGUGUUCAUGUAGUUUGGUUUAAUAAUGGCUUCCCCUUACUUCAUGCACAGCAGGUCCGUCCUGACCCGCGGUGGGAACCAGUCCGCUAUCUGUCCACCUGCUGCGGCUUCCCUCAGGUCCAGACUCACCCGCAGAAGGACCAAGGACCAGGUUUCCUCUGUGGCGGUGAAGGUGGAGGCGGAGGAGGCGACAGUGUCCGAGCAGAGACCCUCCUCGGCCCCCUUAUCGACCGGUAGUUGCUGUGAGCUUAAGCCAAAAACAGAACCAGAAGCUUCACUACAGCAUCCACACAGUCGCAGGAGGAGACAGCUAAAGGUGGAAUAUGACCAGGAUGAGGGUGUUUCACCGGUGAAGACGGAGUGCUGGGAACCUCCUGACUGGAAGAAACAGUUGGGAUUCAUUCGUGAGAUGAGGAGCAGUCGUGAUGCACCUGUAGAUAACAUGGGAGCAGAGAAAUGCUACGACACCAACGCCCCUGGACAUGUGAGGCGUUUCCAGGUGCUGGUGUCGCUCAUGUUGUCCAGUCAGACGAAGGACCAGGUGACAGCAGCAGCGAUGCAGAAGCUCCGAGCGCAUGGCUGCACUGUCGAAAAUAUACUGGCUACUGAUGAUGAAAAACUGGGAAAACUCAUCUAUCCUGUGGGAUUCUGGAGGAAUAAGGUGAAGUAUCUGAAGCUGACGUCCGCCAUGCUGCAGAAGGAGUUUGGAGGAGACAUCCCAAACACUGUGGAGGGGCUGGUUCGUCUACCGGGAGUUGGACCCAAGAUGGCUCAUCUGGCAAUGGACAUCGCCUGGGACCAAGUGUCCGGCAUUGGUGUGGACACACAUGUGCAUCGUAUCUCUAACAGGCUGGGCUGGCUCAGAAAGCCAACCAAGAGCCCAGAGGAAACACGCAAAGCCCUGGAGGAGUGGUUACCCAGGGAGCUGUGGAGUGAGAUCAACUGGCUGCUGGUGGGUUUUGGACAGCAGGUUUGUCAACCUGUCAGUCCUCUUUGCUCCAUGUGUCUGAACCAGCACAGCUGUCCAUCUGCCCACAAGUGCUCCCCUGCAAAGAGGCCUAAAGCUGGAUCACCGUGCUCCACCAGUCCAACCUCAUCCUUUAAAAUAAAAACUGAAUCUGUUAAAGAUGAGACAACAAACAAGGAGUCACCUGUUUCUCCCACCACACUGAGGAGGCCAAAAAACAAAGUUAACUCUUGAUUUUGUGUGAGCUGUGAGCCAAACAUGAAAACAGGCGGUUCAUGUUAACACACACUAAAACACUGAUAUAAGCUGAAUAUCCAGGUGCUUCAGAAUGUCUGUAGAUACUUUCAUGUCUUCUCUUUAUUCGACACUGUAAAAGCGUUAUCUGUUAAAAAAAAAAAAAAAAAAAAAAAAUUACAUUUCCAUUGAGAUUAAAUAUUUUUCUACUGGUCUGUUUUGUUUUUUUAAUAAAUAAAAAGUUUAUAUACUAAAACUUGGUGUAAAAGUCAUGUUUUCAGUUUUGCUAAUUCAAUUUCAUUGCGUGAACAAGAAAAAAACACUUCUCUUAGGCUUGUAUGCAGAUAUUAGUACUUUAAAAUGUAUUUAAAAUGAAUCUGUCAGUCUUUUAUGAAAUGUACAAAAAAUUCCACUUUACUAUGCAGAAAUAAUUCUUGUUAACUAUAAUAAUAACCCCACAAAGUAAAAGGCAUGUUAGAGCAAGAUAUGCCCAGGUGUAAUUAGUACGACCAUAUCCCAUUAUUUGUGAAGAUGAAUGAUAAUUUGUAAAAAUACAGAUUUUUGAUGUUGUGUGUGUACAAUUUCUUGACUUUUUUUCUCUGGUUAAACAAAUUGGCGAAUAUCUGUAAAUUGACAGGUACAU